CAAACUAGAGCUUUCUUUUGCUCUUCCAACCCACAAAAGUCAAGAGGCAGCACCGGUUUCCCACUCGUGUUGAUAAAAUAAAAAUUUCCAACGUAUAGAAAAAGAUCAGUCAGACAAAGCCAUACAAUUCGCAUUUCCCUUUCGUCCACCUAGUUAGCUUCUACACAUCAUCCACUCCCAUAGACUCCAUUGAUUCGCAUCGCAACCAAGAGACAUAGCUAGAUGGCCGCGCGUCUCAUGCCUCCGGCGGUGGUCAUCCUGGCCUCGUUCCUCCUCCUCCGGUGUGUCUAUGUGGUGGACGCCGCCGAGUGCGAGCCGGUGGCGUGCGGGAACUUCACCAUCAAGUACCCGUUCUGGCUCGGCGCGCCCCGCCGACCCCCGCCUGAGCCCUCCUGCGGCCACCCGGCCUUCGAGCUCUGGUGCAUCGACGGCAACACCACGGCUUCCAUGAGCGGCUCCCCCCUCCACGUCCACAGCAUCGACUAUGCCACCCGCUCCUUCGUCGUCUACCACAACAGGGUCGCCUCGGGCACGGACGGCGUGUGCCGCGCCGACUUCAACGUCUCGUCCAGCCUAGCCCUCAGCCCGUUCAACAUCAGCCCCACGAACCAGGCCCUGUGCUUCCUCUCCGACUGCAAGAACGGGACGGAGCCGCGCGGGCCCCAGUACGUGAACGCCACCGGCAAGCCCAUCUUCGCGUACCUCGGCGGGAGCUACGACCGGGACAGGCCGCCGGCGAUCGACACCGGGACCUGCACGUACAAUUACCUGCCGGGGCCCGGGGCGGAGGCGGCUUGGGCAGGCGCCGGCAUCGGCGACUGCCCCGCCUGCAUCGCGACCGGUGGCCAGUGCCGGUACAGCAACGCGAACGCGGCGUUCGGAUGCCUCUGCCCUGGUGACGGGAGGCUGCGCGGCCUGACAUGCGCCGUGCGAUGGUUUUGGUAUCCGCCCCCGUCGGCCCUCGUCAUGUCUAUGAUUCGAAUGUG